AAAGGCAUUUAUUUGUACUGAAAGUAGCACACUUCAUCCAUGCGCAAUAGUUUUCAGAUUACUGGCUUCCGAAAAUAUUUCUAAACAAUUCGUAGGGAAGAUUUUAUAUAUGUAUAAGAGCAUUUCAGAUUCCAUACAAGCCGAGCCUGUCACCAAAAGUUUACGUUUUAAUUCUGCACAAAACACUACUUAAGAAACGCGUAUUCUAAUUUAAUACCGCUCAUACCAGGCAAUUCUGUCGCUACAUAGCAGCCAUCUUCGUUUCCUUGUGGACGGAAAAGAGAAUUCUGUGUUCAUAUAUGUGAUUAUCGCGUUUGACAAGUGUUAAAGAUUACUCAGAUGCAGGUAGAGAAUACACCAGAAAACCAUAUCACACCGAGGUGACUUGCCCUUUCACACAUGACCUGAAGGGUCAAUUCCUUGUCCAUAUUUGGUGACUAUUACAGUAGUUUAAUUUAAUUUAAUAUUUUCCUUAUGAAAAAAAGAAAACAAUGGAGAUGUAUGGCUACCCUAUAAAAAUAGAACCCAUGGGAUUUUACAGUUGCCCAACGGGGGAAGAUGGAGGCAACAGCAGCAUCACCCCAGACAAGGAACUCCCCCAACAGCUGCAUGUUCAGAAGCCAGAAACUGUUCCCCGCUCGAAACCCCAGGCAUGCAAAGUGUGUGGAAAGAUACUAUCAUCUGCAUCCUCAUAUUAUGUUCACAUGAAACUGCAUUCAGGCAGCAAGCCAUUUCAGUGCACAGCGUGUGAGGCGAGCUUCUGCCGCAAACCCUACCUCGAGGUACACAUGCGAACGCAUACAGGUGAACGACCUUUCCAGUGUGACUUGUGUUUGAAACGUUUUACGCAGAAGAGUAGUCUGAAUACACACAAGCGUGUGCACACAGGGGAACGUCCCUACUCCUGUGACAUCUGCCACAAGCGUUUUGCCGUCAAAAGUUAUGUGACUGCACACCGCUGGAGUCAUGUGGCAGAGAAGCCACUCACAUGUGACCGCUGCAGCCUCACAUUCACAUCCAAGAGUCAGUUUGCCAUCCACAUCCGAACACAUGCAUCAGGCACCAGUUUUGAGUGCCAUGUCUGUGGGCGGACGUUCGUCAGGGACAGCUACCUCAUCCGGCACCACAAUCGAGUUCACCGUGACAUCAAUCCAAGUUAUGAGGCAGGGUGUGACAUGCGGUACUACUCUCACCACCUCACCCCUGACCUCCCCCUCCUCAACAAGACCAAGCUCUCUGACUAAAUGUAUACAGAAUGUCUAGUGUUAAGGGGCUGAUGUACCUGGCAUUUAUGUGAGGCCUUUCCUUGUUUCCAGUACCAAGUGACUCCUGAGGCAUCGCACAUGUGAUCAUGUCAGCUCCACCAGGCUACAAUCAAGCCAACACUAAACAAAAAAUAAUAUAUUAAUUACAUGUACUUAUUUAUUGUUACUCCCAAUUCUAUUGGCAUUGUGUAAAUAGCAGAUAUAGGUUUGUACCAGUUUAGCAGUUAUUUGUUGACUGGCUGCAAAUUAUUGGACUGCAAACUCAUUUGCCUUUGCAUUGCAAUAAUUUGCUAACUUUUGCAACUAUGUUCAGGGGUCUGUGCCUAGCAUUGCAUCUAACCUAGUAAAAUACUCGGCCCCAUUUAAUUUCUGUGAUCUGAAAACUCUGGUGCAAUUCUGACAGUUCAUUACAUGAAAAAAGCUUCCUGCAUGCAAUCCAAGAUGGCAUAAAUAAGCUUUGUUAAACUGUGAUGUAGCCUAAGAUGAGAUGUAGUGACCCAGUAAUACUUAGUAAUUAACCCUGGCUUCUUUUGCUGACUGAGCUUACAACCUCACCACUCCCCUGAAUUAAGUUGUUCAUCUCUAAUGUCACUGUUAUAUAUAUAUAUAAUAAUAUAAAUUAUGGUAGGACAUAUCUGGAUAUGAUGCUGUAAUGUAUGUAAUUCAUAAAUACAAACCAAAAGUCAGUACCAAGAUGUUAGUAGUAGAUUUCAUAAACAACUGAAUUGACACUAAACUAUUUAUUUCACACUGAGACUCAACAUAAUGGGACACUUUUUACAAAGGAGCGUAAAAUAAAUAAUGUGUGUGUGUGUGUUGCUGCAUGGGGCUGUACAUCCCAUAUAUGUAGUCCUGAGGAAUGUCAUUAAAUGCAGUUUUCAAACAU